UUUUAAAAAAAAUUAUUUUUCUCCGAGCUUGGCCAAAAUGGCUAUUCGUCUGUAUCUGUAAACGGGCAACUCCCAAAAAUAGCCACGCCAUUGCUGAGUUGCUCCUCUCCCAGAAUAUGAUGACGUUACGCUUAAUUCCAGGUGGCUCCCCGCUAAAGUUAUCCACCUCGCCGCCGUCAAUUACUCUGUAUCGCUUUCCUACAGCCUCCAAUCUGUCUUAUAACAGAAAAUUUAUGAUUAAAAUGUCGAUUCAGUCAACCCCAUCAGCGGCUACAAACCCAAUAAACAACAUUGUUUUGGGUUGUGGGAUGGUGGCGUUGGACUUUUUGGUUACUGUUGAUUCUUAUCCUAAGCCUGAUGAUAAGAUUCGUAGCACCAGCUUUCUGGUUCAAGGAGGAGGUAACACUGGGAAUGCUUUGACCUGUGCAGCUCGUUUGGGUUUAACUCCUAGAAUUAUAUCAAAGGUUGCGGAUGAUUCCCAAGGGAAAAGAAUACUGAAUGAACUAGAAGCUGAUGGAAUUGAUACAUCUUUUAUUGUGGUGUCCGAAGGGGGCCAUUCGACAAUCUCUUAUGUCAUUGUUGACAGUCAAACGAAAACACGAACUUCCAUCUACACUCCAGGUUAUCCGCCCAUGGUAUCUGAUGAUCUGCCAGAAUCGAAUUUGUUAUCUGGAUUGGACAGUGUGAGACUUGUCUAUACUGAUGGAGUACUGCAUGAAACUGCUUUAGUUGUGGCCCAGGAGGCACAUCGUAGGAGUAUACCUAUUGUGAUUGAUGCAGAAAGAAAAAUAGAAGGGUUAGAUGAGAUUUUACACAUGGCCACCUAUGUUGUCUGCUCAACAAGAUUUCCUCAGAUAUGGACCGAGGCUUCUUCUAUACCAAGUGCACUUAUUUCGAUACUUUUGAAGUUGCCAAGUGCCAAAUUUGUAAUUGUGACAUUGGGUGAAGAUGGCUGUAUAAUGCUAGAAAGAGCAGAAACUGGGAAUCUCCAGUCUGAAGAAGUUGAUAUCGAUGACUUGUUUGAAAAGAUGAAGCAGAGCACAGUUAUUACCUCAACAAUGCCAACAUGCAAAUCUUCGGAUGUAGCAAAGCUGCACGCAAAAGGAAUUGGAACUGUGAGUGGUAGGCUGCUGGUUGGAACAGCUGAAAAGAUACCAACUUCAGAACUAGUUGAUACAACUGGUGCUGGAGAUGCAUUUGUCGGAGCAGUUCUUUAUUCGCUCUGCGCCAAUUUGCCACCAGAAAGAAUGUUGACAUUUGCUGCUCAAGUGGCAGCUAUUGGGUGCAGAGCCUUAGGAGCAAGAGCUGGUCUUCCUCACCUGAGAGACCCUCGCUUGCAACCCUUUUUAGCUUAGAAGACCAGAGAUGUUGAUAUAACAGUGGAGUACCAAAACUACUUCUUGUCACAUUAAAGUAAAAAUAGCAUGGGCUAGCCAGUUUUCGGAUUGGUUUUGAAAAUAGCUAGCGUUUGCAAAGUCAUUAAAAAAUAGUCACUAUUUUGCUGCAACACACCAUAAUAUACUGGAGAUUGGUGUACCUGUGUAUGAUUCCAACACGCGGAAAGUUCCAGCAUAAUAUACUGGAGAUUGGAGCACUUGUGUAUGAACUUCCAGCAUAUUAUGCUGGACCGGUAUAUUAUACUGGAACUCCAGUAUAUUAUG